GCCCUUCACAUUAGCCCUCAACGAUUGGCUUGAACCUCGAUCACAGAGAUUGUGUGCCCGAAAAGGAAAACAUCCCAGACAGCUCCGAAAACCAUUCUCAGCUGCAGUUGACAUGUUCCGACAGCUGGAAGAGAAACGGAAAAAGUCAAUCUUCUCGGUGUUGGGGCUCUCUAACCAGGAAGUAUUGGCUUCCUCAUCCUGCCCUGCUUGCUUUGGGCCACAGCCCCCUAAUUUGUCUGAUUAUACUGCCAACAUGCGCAAUCGGCUUAUAGUUUGUCUUGAUGGCAACUUCCAGCACCGUCACCAAAUCAAAGCUAGUCGCAAUCACGAAAAACUACGUACACCUCAAUUUUUCAUCAGCCAGGCCGAUGUUGAUAUUGUCUCACAAGAAAUUCGGCACCAAGAAGCUCAAGGAAUGACUCCUGAACAGGCCGAUCGUUGUACAGAAUCUCACAAGGCAGCGGACGACAAACGUAAUGAAUCAACAUGGAAAGGAUGUGAUGACACUGGGCUAAUGGGAUGCUGCUGCCGACACGAUGCAGCUAUCUAUUUGACAAACAUAUACAAGUCUGGCGAGAAAAGGCACUUCCCGAUGACCAUAAUCAAGAAGCUUCUCUCCGACAUUGAGCCCAACCGUCAAGUUGGAAUAUUGUAUGAUAUAGGAUGUACAAUGGAUAAAUAUAUUGAUCGUCGCCAACUCAUACCACAAUAUCGAAGCCAACUUAAAUUUGGAACAUCAGUCUUCCAUGCCUAUGCCCACAACUGGCUCUGCCAACUUGAAUUUCAUCCUAGAUUCAAUAAAGGCUGGGGGUUGUCAGAUGGUGAAGGUCUUGAGAGGCUUUGGUCUUAUCUCUCCUCUCUUGUCAGCCCCUUAAGGUAUGCCACUCGCAAUCAUCGGUUGGCUGCUAUAUCACAUCGAGUAAAACAUCACAACAACAGAGGAAUCAAACAGCUUCCUUACUGGCUCCGGAGAAAGUUUCAUCAGGCUGUUAAACGGCAACAGGAAACUCAAUCAACUCUGACUACACUUCUAACCAAGCGGAACCCUCACGAACGGCUUGACCAAAACUUCACAAUCGACUUCUUCAAGAAACAAUGGAAGGCCCAGCAGCAAUUCCACACAGAGCACACAGAAGCCGAGAUGGACCGUAGGAACAAACUUGUGGCACUCUACAAGCGAGAAGCAACUGUUGAGUACAUGAGGGAACGUUUACAGGGACCUGAAAUUUUCUUGGUCACUGUGGCUGAGGUUCGUGAGCUCAUGGACUCAAUAGUAGCACAGUCUGACUCAUUGGCAAGUGAAAUUGCUGAGCUCACUGGUCGAAUGGAGGGGGGAUCAAACAGAGAUUACGAGGAGGAGAAGCUCCGACUGCUUCUCUGGGAUGCCAAAUCCGAGCUGUUUGUGCAAGCCGUUCAUAUUCAUGCAGAGCGGCAACCUCUACUAAAUUCCCAUAUCAUGGGAUCACAUCUUGGCACCCAAGGAAAAGAGAACAUCAUUAAAGCACUGCAGAACCGACGCCCAGCUGUCAAGAAAAUAAUCGAUACGUUCAAUGGGCUAUACGAACAAUUCCAACAGAAGUACCCCGAGCAGCAUCUGUCGGAUGCCCACGACCAUCCUCUCACAUACGAUGACUUUGUUGAAUGGGAAAUGGAUCACCCAUUUUGGAAUGAUGGUUUGUAUCACCAUAUGGAGGCCCCUUGGUCAAUCGACCCAGACGUCAAAACGGGUAUCAACUGCAUUCUAAUCCUUCGUCGUGUUCAAGAGGAGUUUGAGCUCAUUGCUCAGGAAUUGGCCAGGGCUGUCGGUUGGGCCAUUGCAACCCACUCACAACUAACUGAGACUAUUGCGCACAUCACAACACGUAUCAACCUUGUCAAAUCUGAUCCGAAUGUGGCUACUGAUCGAUUCGACGAUUUGUCUUUUGGAGUGGUCUCCCGGCUUGGUAAAUUGGAAUUGGUGCAGGAAGAGUUGAAGUUAUCUUUGAUUGAUCAUGGCAAGUUGAUCGAGGAUUGGAAUGAUCAGGUAAACUCCCUGUGGAGACAAUGCCAGCCAAGUGGUAACAGUGCUCAGUUUCAGCAAUGGACUGAAUUGAUUGACAAGGUCAAAGUUGAUCAAAGCACUGUGUUUCCCACUCUUUCAGCAUUCAGUCAACCUCAAAAUGAUGUUGAGGAUGCCCUUGAAGAAGCAAUAUUGGGUGUGGGUUUAGAUGAUGGAGAAGAUGCUGAUGAAGAGUGGAUGUCAGAAGGGGAGGAGAUUUCAUGA